CUUGACACGGUAGUACAACGUUUAGCUAUGUAGGAACAACACUGUUAACGAUGAGUUUCAAGUCGUAUUAGCCGCUGACAGAAUGAGAUAAGAUGGAGACUGUAACGACGGAUUCGUCUGCGGUCGAGGAGGACGACUGUUCAGACUCAGAGGUUUUGUGUUUGAUGAGAGUCGGAAGAAACUCAGACUGGCUUCGCUUGUUCGCAAACACUGAGAUCUCCAUAGGACGUGGUCUGGAUGUGACCCACCAGCUGCUGUCUCCAAGUUGUCCUCUGAUGAUCUCCAGGCUGCACUGUACCAUCAGACAGAGGGAAGAUGGACAGUGGACAGUGACAGACAGAAAGAGUCUCAACGGGGUGUGGGUGAAUGGAAACCGUAUUCCCGUUGAAGUGUCCCAUCAGCUGAGGCUCGGGGACUCCAUACAACUCGGGGUUCCCGUAAUUGGAACAGAAGUGGAGUUUGACUACAUCUUCGUCCAGCGGCCCUUCAAAGACAUUAAACACUACUUGGCGAAGGGACAUAAAGAAGGCGCUAAAGCGGCCCUCGUCUCCAAGAAGCCUAAGAGGAAGUUGGCCGUGGAAGAAGUUGAGCCGUCUACCUCGAAGCCCAAGCUCUACCGCUGCUCUUCUGCAGACAAGACCUUUGCAAAGCCCUGCCCUCGGCAGCAGAGGCUCAGUCACUCUCAGUUAGAGGAAACUGGGUCCAGCAGACAAGUCCAGGAAGUAGACCGGCGCUCAGAUGGCUCCAACACUCCCUGUGACCUGGACAACUUGCAGAUGUACAGCCAGAACAUCCUGAGGCUGAGGGAGCAGGUGGACAACACCCAGAGGCAAGUAGCCUCUCUGGGGGGAGAGCCGCGGCAGGCCGACCCUCUCAGAGAGGAGCAUGUCAGGGAGCUGCAGGGCCAGCUGGAGACGCUCAGGGCCAAGAUGCACCGGAUGGAGACGUUAGAGAAGUCCUUCAGUAAAACCAAGAGGCAGCUCGAGGCGCAGAAAACACAGCAGCAAGAGGAGCUUUUGAAAAAGCAGCUGGAAGAGGCCUUGCAAGAGCAAAAGAAAGUAAUCGACGAACUUGCCCUUUCUCGGGAAGGCUUUGAAGAGAUUCUCUUGGCCAAAAACAAAGAGCUGGAGUUGACAAAGGAGGAGAAAGAGAAGGAGAGGGCCCAAAAGGAGGAAGUAGUUACACAAGUGACUGAAGUUUUGGAGAACGAGCUUCAGUGCAUCAUCUGCUCCGAGCUCUUCAUUGAGGCAGUCAUCCUGAACUGCGCUCAUAGCUUCUGCAGACACUGCAUCCAGCAGUGGCGCAAGAAGAAAGACGAGUGUCCCAUCUGCCGACAGGCCAUCCAAUCUCAGACUCGCUGUCUGGCUUUGGACAACUGCAUCGACAGCAUGGUGGAGAACUUGAGCCUGGACAUGAAGUCGAGGCGGCAGACCCUCAUCACCGAGAGGAAAGCGGACUCUGCCCAGGUGAUGGUGAUCCACGAUGACGACAGCAGCAGGAGCAGCGACAGCGACAGCAGCAUGGUGUCCAUCGACAGUAUCCUGAGCUCUGUGGUCUCUUUGGAAACAGACAGUAGCAUCCACUUGGACUCCAGUCCGCCCUACUGUGGUGACUUUGAUGAAAGUGCUGAUGAGUCUGAGGAUUAGGCCCUUUUCUCCGGAGGGAAUUGGUACUUAUUUUGGUGUUGAUGUUUCCAUACCCCCGGACUGUUCUCAGAUAGACACAUUUGAUCUCAUCAUGAGUCCGUUAACCAGAUUUUUGUUUUUGUGAAGUCAUCAGAUGUCUUUUUGUCUUUAUUUUCAACAAGAGGAAUAAAGUUUUUUUCCUAUGCACUUUUACAGUCACAUGUUGACUUUGUCCAAGCAUUGAUUCAAACCUGAAAAGUCCCAUUUACUACAAAUAGUACAAAUGUUUGGUGACGCCUGACUUGGGAAGUUGUGGCUGUUGAAAGUUUGGCUUUUUAUCAGAGAGACGGAGAAUGGCAGCUAGACAACAAACCUCUGCUGGGAGCGAAAGGAUCAAACCAGUGUUUUUGUUUUGAGCCACUGUAUAGGUGACUGUCCCGCUCUGUGGGUCGGUCCAGACUGAAUAUCCGAAGGAGGGGGGCCAAAGAUAUCGACUGACACUCACACGAUUUUGUCGACUAAUCGAUUAGUUGAUUGAACAAAUCUGUAAAACUGAGUUCCUCAAAGAAUCGCACAAAAGCACCACAUUAAAACUGUGUUUACCAGAGA